GGAGAGUGAACAUCGCUGUUGAUUGGAAGAAAACUGAGUUAAAUAAUAGGCUAAUAUUCAAAUACAGUGUAGAUAAAUAUACAAAAUAUAAUAAGUAUAAUAGCUUAUUUUUCCUGAUCGGAAUUUUGGAUUUCCUACUUGAAAUCAAUGGAGUUAUUAUUACGUCAAAUGUCGACACACGUGAUCAAUAAAGAUCCUUGUUUGAAGUGCGCCAUCUGAGUAGUAGUACCCCAGGCGAACUGAAGGACUGGCUGGCUGGCAUUUUCAUCCCUGCAGUUCACCUUGUGCAUCGGUAGCGGAAGUCCUAAUUACAGUUUCUUAACAUUUGGAGCGUGACGCCAGGAGAGUUUAGUUGCCACGUAGAAAUCGCACUGAUCUGACGUCUGCUGAAGCGUCUAAUUUGGUUUCUUUUUUAAAAAUCGAGUUGAGAUGUCCGCACUACUUUUCGGAUUUGCAAUUUCAUUUCUGCUACAGAACUGCCAUGUGGGAGACCAGUUGGAGCGAUCACAAUAGGUCUCUUUGGCGAUUUGUUACCCAAGACAGUGGCUAACUUUGCAGCGCUAGCUUUAAAAGGUGGGAAAGAUGGCUACAUAGGUUCGAAAUUCCAUCGUGUAACUAAAGGCGUUAUCAUACAAGGUGGUGAUUUUGUUAAUGGAGAUGGCAGCGGAAGCACAAGUAUUUAUGGGAAAUAUUUCAACGAUGAGAACUUCGACAUGAAGCAUUAUGGGCCUGGAUGGGUUGCUAUGGCAAAUGCCGGAUGAUGGGGUGCAGCCUGCUACGGUAACUAGGAAGGUAUUCCUGGACAUCACCAUUGACGGCAAAUUAGAAGGACGAAUUAUUAUUGGUGUGUUUGGCAACAUUGCACCAAAGACAGUUGCUAACUUUGUCGCUCUUGCUUCUGAAAAACACGAACAGGAAGGUUAUAGGAACAGUGUCUUCCAUCGGAUCAUCAAAGGGUUUAUGAUGCAAGGAGGAGAUUUCACAAAAGGAAACGGCUUUGGAGGAAGAAGUAUUUAUGGUGAUACUUUUCCCGACGAAAAUUUUAUAUUAGAUCAUUAUGGACCCGGAUGGGUUGCAAUGGCGAAUGCAGGUCCCGACACAAAUGGGUCACAGUUCUACAUCACUACUGUUCAGACGCCAUGGCUUGACGGGACACACACUGUAUUUGGUAAGGUUCUUGAAGGCAUGGAUGUAGUGACAGCUAUGGAAAAUGUGGAAACCGAUGAGAAUGACCGACCAAUCAAACAAGUUGUUAUUUUUGACUGCGGAGUGAUGGAUAUUCCAAAACCAUUUGAGGUUGAGAAAUCAUGACAUUUCUGAAGAAAAAACAACUGUAGGCCUAGCGUUACGGUACGCUAACUCUACUCCUUGGAUAUUGUUGAAAAGUUCAAAAAAACUACGUAAACGUGUACGUGAACGCGUACGUUGGAGGGACAAUAGGCCCUACGUGUUUGUGGGACAUGCGCGUUCCUGGCCCUGUUCUGAUUGGUCACUUGUUAAAUUUGAUUGGCACUUUGUAAAGGUCCAUUUGUAGUUGUAGAGGGUACGGGAGUAAUGGUUUCUUUGAAAUAUGAACUCGAUGAUUUCUUGAUUUUAAUCUAAUUGGCCGUCAAUUUAUUAUUUCAUUUACAUUUCUGUCCCAUUUAACUAACAAAGGUCGUGUAAUAGUAGAAAAGGAGUGCAACGACCUAUAUGGAUUACACUGUAAAUGGGCAACCCAGUAGCAUAAUCAUUUUUUUCAAUAAAUAAAUUUGGAAUUUUAUACAUCACUUUUGACAAUUAUUUUUUACUUAUUUCUUAGAAAUUCUAUUAAAAUAGUACAAAAUACUGUAAAAUAAGCCUAUAUGUAAUUUCAAAAAUAAUGUGUAAUGUGUAAUGGUACUGAAAGUAGGUCUAUAUGAUAAUACCUGAUAACAAACAACAUUGAAGGCUUUCAACAAUAGGACGGGUUUUUAAUUAAAAAAAAAAGUUUGCAAAAGA